UUCCUUAAUUCAUAACCAAUCACAAUUAUCUGAUGCCUUCGUGUAAAAAAAAGCCUCAACAAUGGCCAAGUACAACAAGGUACAAAACGUUCAAUUUCUAAAAACAUGUUUAUUCCAUCAUUUUAGUUGAUGCGAAACUUUUAUUAUUUUGUAAUUUUUUUCUUCAACAAUGAUAUUAUUCAAUAGUAGCACGAAGAUAAAUUCAAUUCACUGAUACAAAUGUUAAAAAUGCACAAACUUAAAAUGAGUUGAUUAAAAAAAAUAGUGUGUGAUUACAUUAAACUGUAUGCGCUAAAGUUAAGAAACUUAGUGUGUGAAUACAUUAUUUUUUAAAAUAAUUGUGAGGCUGUCAUGUUAGCAUUUAUUUUUUUUAAUGAUUGUGAAGCUGUCAUGUGUCAAUUAGUUUGUGAACACAUUUAUUACAAAUGCUUAUCUUUUAAUAUAUAAAGAAUACAAAAAAUUUGAAAUCUUUAUUUUAUUAUAUCUAACUCCUUCAAUUCCUUUAAAAAGGUUGGCCAUGAUGUUGGUUCUUGGAUCAUUGAAAUCAUGUAUUUGCAAUUCUUUCAGAAAAUGAUGACAUAUUGAGUAUUGUAAGAUUAUUUCUAUACCCUAAGAAAGUGUUUCCAACUCCGUAUGUAGAUAUGACAAGGCCUCCUUUGAUUCCUUAUUUUCAAAAGUUGGUCAUAUUCUGAAGAAUCUUUCCAAACACAUUCACAUUCACUGAAUUGUGAUCAAGAGUCCCCAUCCACCAAACAAAUGUUCAUCAAGAUUAAGGUUUGAGUUGUCAUUGGAUUAUGUAUUGAUCACAUCUCUGCUAUGUCCUUUACAUUUGCUUACCACACUUGACAUUCGCCCUCCACCAGAGACGGACCCACGUUGACCAAUAGUGGGUCAGCUGCACCAGGUUAAAUAUAAGUUUUAGCUGUUUUGGUAUGUUGUCAAUAGGUUUUCAUAGUUCAUUCGGUUAACAAUCUCCUCUUCUGACCCACAUAACCCAGACUCGAUUCCAUGUUGCACUUGCUUUAUACCAAUUUUUUCUUAAAAUUAUUUUCGUUCUGGGCCAAAGCCCAAUCUUUGACACCCCUUAAAUUUAGGGUUGGGUCUGCCAUGCCCUCCACGUGGCUUACUAGCUCUAGAGGAUUUCUUGUGAUUCCUCUAAAUGAUUGUAUCGAGCUUUAUGUAGAUACUAGAUUACCCAUGAAUAAGGAUACAAUUCCAGUUAUUCAAUAUCCCAUUUCCGCCAUAACAGAUAGUCCAAGUUGGUGUAAACGCUAGAAAUCAGAAAAAAUAGAUGUGCAAGAAGGCUUAGAUGAUUAUGCCCAAGUUUCCAAAGCUGGGAGACACUCAAAAAUCACAUGAUUACAUAUUCAUGUAUACCCCCACACCGAGAACAAUUAUUAUCACAUCGCAUAUAACGACAUGUCAGAUUCUCCGUUACCGUUAAAUUUCAUGUUAUGAUCUACUAUAUAAGAUGACAUAUCUUCUUAGAAGCACUACUUUUUCAAGAAAAGUUUGAAUAGUGAUGCUAGGUUCAGUUACCAUGACCUCAGGUUUGUGGUUUAGAAUAUUCCUAUCCACCCAAUAUCCCGAUUUUACAAUAUAAUGACUACUCUUUGUAUAACUCCGACAAACCUUAUCAUCUUAAGUGGAUUGAUUGACUUACAGCCAAACUUCGGAUAAGUGGUAUAUCUUCCGGUAAAGCUAGACUCUCCAAGUUCUACAUCCCACUAUUUAGGCUCAUUAUGAAUAAAGUCACUCAUUUCUAGCCUUGGAUGAACAACUGAAUAUUGGUCCCAGGUAGCCUCGCAGGAAUUGAUGGAAUCCAUAGAUCUUCCCAUGCUCUAAUCUCAAAACCAAAAUGCACUUUCUGUCUGAUCCCUAGAGCCAAUAAUUGUCUAAUUGAUGAUAAACUUGUCUAUACAUAAGAAUAACAAUUGAUCUCAAUUAAAAUAUAAACUAUGUUAUUAUUUAAUAUAUAAUUAGGAUAUUUUUAUUUAUCCAAAUAUUAUAUUUUUUUUAUAAAUUAAGUGUUUGAAUGUUGAAAAUAAUUAAAAUAAGAUGGAGAACAAAAUUAAUAACUAAAUGAUUAUGUCAAGAAAUAUCAUUAGCCAAAAAAGAAGAAAACAUUCACUUGUCUAAAAAUCAUGGGUUCAAUUUUUUCCAGCAAAGAUUACUUGGUCAAUAUAACCUAUAUAACGUUAUACAAAAUUUUCUUUUCAAAAGACAAGUACAUUUUUUUUUAAAAUCAUAUGGUUGAUUGACCCCCAUCUCCUCAACCUGUCUCCGCCAGUGCACCUGCCAUGCCUCCUCCCCAUCAAGGCCCGCCUCUAUAAUGAUACUCUUUAAUAAUGCUGGUCACUACUUUCUUCUAUUUUUUUUUUCUCAUUUCUUCUAUUCAAGUGUUAUUAACUAUCAAAAUUUAGCUGCAUUCUAAAAAGAAUUGUCAACAAGCGCUAUAUAAUACUAUAAUAUAUAAAGUCAACUUUCUAUUUGCUUAUAAACGAGUACAAACUAGGGUUGACUAUUUGAGUUUUCAGAUGAGCAAACUAUAAACAUUUUUGGAGAAAGAGCUUUCAUUUAUGGCUGAGAUCUCUGAUACUACUCCACAAACACAAACUGUCACCUUCGACAUCGAAGACGGUGGAUCAGGAGGUGAUUCCCGAUCACCGGGUAUUUCCCUUCCCCUUGUAUCCGUAUCUUUCGUUCAAAAGUUGAUUGGCGAGUUCGUGGGGACAUUUUCUCUCAUAUUUGCUGGCUGCGCGGCUAUCGUGGUAAAUGAUACGUACGGUAAAGCGGUGACACUUCCUGGUAUAGCUUUGGUAUGGGGAUUAACCGUAAUGGUUAUGAUCUACUCAAUUGGUCAUGUCUCUGGUGCACAUUUCAACCCUGCUGUUUCCAUUGCAUUUGCCUCUUCUAGAAAGUUCCCGUUUAAACAGGUUCCGGGCUAUAUAGCCGCACAACUUCUCGGCUCAACUUUAGCUGCUGAGGCUCUACGACUUGUGUUCCAUCUGGACGACAACGUUUGUAGCCUCAAAGGCGAUAUUUAUGUGGGAACAUACCCGUCAAGUUCCAACACGGCGACGUUUGUAAUGGAGUUCAUCACUACUUUCAACUUGAUGUUCGUUAUCUCGGCUGUAGCUACUGAUAAACGAGCCAAUGGAUCAUUCGCAGGCAUUGCUAUUGGCGCAACAGUUGUACUCGACAUCCUGUUCUGCGGGCCAAUCUCCGGAGCAUCAAUGAACCCAGCAAGAAGCUUAGGGCCUGCACUUAUAUGGGGAUGCUAUAAGGAUUUAUGGUUGUACAUUGUUUCACCGGUUAUUGGAGCAUUAACAGGUGCAUGGACUUAUGAUAUGUUACGGUCUACAAAAAAAUCGUAUGGUGAGAUAAUACGUCCAAAUUGCAAUAAAAUUUCUUCGAGAGAUCGCCAAGAAGCAUCUCAAGACGAGAUUUGUGUUCUUCAAGUGGUCAACCAGGCUAACCGGAAAGAAUUCAUAUGUUCAUCGCCCACUGAUAUCAACGACAAAAGAAAUGUCACAUGCAAGUUGCCAUAAAAUAUCUAUGUACUAUUCACAACAUGAAUCUAUCGUGCUUUAUACUUUCCAAAUUUAGUUCACAGAUGCGCGUACAAAAACAAAGCUUUGUUGAAAAAAAGUUUCAAAGUCUGUUAAAUAUUUUCUAUGAUAUACAAAUGUUUAAAAUAAAAACUGUACUUUGUAAAGUAUUUAUUUCGAAAUUUAAAUGUAUCAAUAAAACAAUCUUGUUAAAUGUGUGUAUUGUUUUGACUUUUUUUAAGUUAAUAAUAUAUUUUGUGUUUUGACCUAGUAGCUUGAGUAUAUUCUUAACAUUAAGAAGGUGGUAUUGGAUUAAAGAAUUUAACUGUUUCUAAAAUAAUUCAACUAAAGAUAUAAAUAAUAAAUUUUAAAGAAUUUGAUAAAGAUUUUAAAUGCAUCUUUCUAAUUAUGUUGUUUUAUAUUUUAAAAGAAUUCGCAUAAAUGUAAUAGAAAUCAAUUCCUUUACACUUUAGGAACUAAUCAUUUUACAUGAAGGAAAAAUUGAAUAAAAAUUUGAUUAAUGAAAAAUAAAUGUUGAAGAAAUUCACAAGCACUAAUUAUGUGUUGUAUAUAUUUUGUUUAUGCUUGAUUAGCCAUUUAGACAAACUUUUAGAACAAUGUAAAAAUUAAAAAAAUAAUACUAAUUGAACUAUGUACCACUAUAUGAAUAUAUAGCCAUGUAGGGAUAACACAGUUUCAUAAAGAAACACAUAAAUUACGAUAAAUGAUAUAUUUUUUUCAUUUCAAAAUGAUAAUGCAUUUUAAAUUUAUAAUGAAAUUUUUAUUUUUAUUAUAAGGUUCUAACCUAUAUAUCUGAUAAAUAAAUAAAAAAAGAAUUAUCUUAAAAUUCCAUCCUAAAGACAAAUAAUUGUUUUUUUUUACAUUUUUGGUAAAUUUUCCUUUAAAUUCAUUUCAAAUAUAAUUACCACAAAAUCCACCAAAAUUAAAUAUUACAAGAGUUUAGUGGAAACUCCGACUCCUUCAAAUUCAACUUCUAAAUUCAAUACACCCACCUAACAUUAGUAGCCAGAAAAAAACUGAGUAUAUAUGACACUGAACUGUUUUACAAAUAUUAAGCCUUAGCUUACCGAGACAAAGCUCAAUAAUUAGUCUAUGUUAUUACUCAAAGCUAGUCUGACAAUAUUAGAAUAGUGAACCUCAUUUUAAAACGCUAAGAUUAAAAAUUAGAAAAACCAUUCCGAAUCGAGUUCGACAUCUAUAAACUGAUGUGAUCAGAUUUCCAUCACUAAAAUAAAUUGCAAAUACACAUGAGUACGCCUCAAUGUUUAAAGUUUGAAUCCAUUAAAACCAAUUUUAAUUUACGAUUAUGUGAGAAUAGAGUAGAAUCAAGUCGUAAAGAUGAUUUUGUUAUUUUCAAUUCGCAGGAAAUUAAAGGCAGAAAGUAAAUACGAUUAAAACUUAUGGAUUAAAAAGCAUUAGAAAUCGAGUAAUUUUCAUGAAAUACACAUAAUGAAACAACUGCUAAAUAUAGAAUGUAUUAAGUACCAUUUUUGAACUUAAACAACUUAAUUAGAUUAGCCUUCUCUUGAAAUACUAAACUCUAUCUAUGUAUUAGAAUGAUAAAGACUAACUUCUGUUGUAUUUCAGAUUCUAAACAUGCAAUAAAAUUAAGUUUGAUAAGUUCAAAAAAUUAUAAUAAUCAACUCAUGUUGGCUAAUUUUAUCUGGCUUAUCUUACAUGCGUUUAAACGUUAAUUUUAAACUAGAUUAUCACCCGUGCUUAAAACACACAGAAAUAUUUUUUUAACAAAAUUUAACUUACAAUAUCAAUAGAUUUUAAAUUUUUUUGAUAAGUAAUGUUUAAAUUUUUUUAUUUGAGUGUAUCUGAAAUUAAUAGAUAAUUAUAUUAUUUUAUAUCUCUCCUAUUAAAAUAUUACUUAUUUUUUAUUAUUAUUUCAACCCGUUUCAUUACGAACUAAUAAAUUAUUUCUAAUUUUCUUAUUAAAUUUGUGAUAUAUGCUCAUCUGAUAAAUUUUUAAUUAUAAACUUAUUUGAUGUUAAUUUAUUCAAUAACAUUUUAUAGAAUAAAACCAUUUGAUGUCAAUAUAAACCAUGCAUAAUAUUGCAUAUGUAAGAAUAAAUUAAGAAUAAGAAUCUAAUAUUUAUUAAGCUUAAAAGAAUUCAAUUUUUUAUUUAUGAAAAUACAAACAAAAUAAUUUAUUAACUUAAUUAAUUUCAUAUUAAAUGAUUUUUUUGUAGUAUCUAAACCUGCAAAAAUAGUUAUACCUAUUUUCAACUUUAUAUAAAUUAUCUGAGUGGUUUUAAAUCAAAUAAUUUAAAAGAAGACAAAUAAAAAGUUAUUAGAAAGGUAGUAUAUAAUAUUUAUAUUGUUUGGACACAAGAUUAGUUAUUAUGCUGUUUGGAAAUACAUUUAGUAGUAUAAUGUUAUUUUCCAUAAUUAGAAGAUUGAAUUUUAACUAUAUAACUAAGUGAUUCUCUCGUACUCAUGCACAGGUAUAUAUCUUUAUAAAGUUAAUAUAUUAUAAUUAAUUGAUAUUUAAUUUUGGCUUUAAAUCAAACUUUAAUUUAUAUGUAUAAUUGAUAUUGUUUUAAUCAUACAUAUGAUUUUAGAUAAGUUAUAUCUAGUCGGUUUGGUUAGUUUUUAGGUCAACAAUCGAUUUAUUUAUCUCUUGGGUAUAUUGAAUUGUGAAUUGCAGCCAUUUCUCUGAAUUCAACUAUAAUAUUUUAUUUUAAUAUAUUUAAUUGGUUAAUUUCUUAGAUAUGUAAAUAUAUUACUGUAAGAUUAUGUAGAACGUAAUAUAUAUUGUGUUUAGAAUUAAAUAAAAAAUAAACUGAAGUGUUUGAUUCAAAUUACAUAAAUGAAAAUAAUGACAAUAUUUUAAAGUCUCAUGCGUAUGUAUAAAACUAUAUUGUAACAAUUAGUUAAUACUUUAUUUUUAUUUAUUAAUAUGUUUUGAGUCAUCAUAUAAUUUAUAUAAAAUAAUUAGAUUCUUUUUAUAAAUAUUUAUUUUCUUAUUGUAGCUUGAUCUUUGAUUUUGGAUAUAAGUUGGAUUAGUCGAGUCAUUAAUGUUGUGAGUAUAUUGAGUUACAUAUAAAUUCUUUCAAAUUCAAACACAAGUAUAAUUAAGUCAAAUCAAAUUAGUUUUAUUUCUCGCAUAACUGUGCAUUUAUUUUCAUAAUAUUUAUCAAAAAUUUAUGUUGAUUUUUAAAAGAUAUUAGAAAAUAAAGAGAUAAUCAAUAGGAAAUUACAUACAUAACUAUAGCUGAUAAAAUUUGGUAAGUUCAUGAACGAAUAUCAAUAUUUACAAUAAUUAAAAUAUUUUAUAACUUCUAAACAAUUGUAUGCCUUAGAUUUAUUGAAAGGUAAACUGAAAUUAUUUUAAAUAAUCUUAAAAUUAGAAUUUAGAUUUGCUUGGAUAUUUUGAUUAUGGAUAUAUUAAGUUCAACAUACAUAAAGAAAACAUAAAAUUAAAAAGAAAAAAAUAUUAGGAAAAAAUAUUUUUUAAUAAUGAUAAAGUAUAAUAUAUAUCUCAAUUAAAGUAUGUGGGAACCGAAAUUCACACCGUCGAUUUCUGUAAUCGGAGGAAAGUCAGGAAACCCUAACUUUCCCUGAGGUCCUGGAUUCUCUGCGAGAGCCAACGACAAGUGACCAAAUAAAUGCGAACAAUAUGAAAAGAUAACAAAACAAAUUUAUAGAAAAGGUAGAUCUUAUUUCGAAUCCGAGUAAGAGCGUUGCGAUCAUUACAAGAGAUUAUAAAAGUUUCGGCCGCAAGAGCUGUCAGCGAAUUACCUAGUUCUAGCAACC